AGUGUAGUUUUGUUGCUGGGAGGGGUUUUAGGUAAUGCGGUUGCGCGUUUUAGUUGAUCAAAGAUUGGAUUUUUGGGGAGGAAUUGCGCGUGGUUUCCUCUGGGGAGCAAUGGUGCGGCCGCCAUGUCCUUAUCCGAGUUUUUUUGGUUUCUUUUCCUCGGGCAAAAGUACGCGAGCAAUGGGCCAAAGGAAGCAGCUUUUCUGGCUUCAGCAUCUGCACUGGAUUGUCCCCCUGCAUUGCUUCUGCUUCUUUAACUUUUUAUUAGCAGUAAAAUAGUAUUUGAGUGCUUUUGUUGGGAUUCUAAAAAAAAGGUUGGAAUCUUUGAACUGGUCUCAACUCAAAUGAUGGCUGCUAGAGCUUUCAGUUGCAACUGCCCUCUUCCUUAUUGCUCCUCGCUCAGUUCUGGUCCAGAGCUGUUCAUCUUUUUUCCAUUCCUUCGGCAAAACAAGAGAGACAGCUUCUCUUCUUUUAUUUGCAAUUUUAUUUUCUUUGAGUUGGUGUUACUGCUUGUAUGCGAUUCCUGUGUGAUAAUUUUGGUGCAACAGUAACUUGAUAUAGAGUUCUAGACCAAAGAAGCGAUGGAAAGAGAAACAGCUGCCACAUAUGAGCCAAAAAAGAAUUGUGAAAUAAGGGUUUUUGAGAAUUCAGAUGAGAUUUCAACAGAUCUUGCUGAGUACAUCUCACAAGUUUCAGAAAUUUCUGUCAAAGAAAGGGGAUACUUUGCUGUUGCCCUAUCUGGAGGUCCCCUAGUUGGUUUUUUGGGGAAACUUUGUGAAGCGCCAUACAACAAGACCCUAGAUUGGUCCAAAUGGUACAUCUUCUGGUCCGAUGAACGUGCUGUAGCAAAGAACCAUGCAGAGAGUAACUAUAAGUUAACAAAGGAAGGAUUCCUCUCCAAGGUACCUAUUCUUAAUGGCCAUGUCUAUUCCAUAAACGACAAUGCCACAGUGGAGGAGGCUGCAACAGACUACGAAUUUGUCAUCAGGCAGCUGGUCAAGGUCCGCACAAUUGGAGUCUCAGAGAGCAAUGACUGUCCCAAGUUUGAUCUCAUUCUCCUGAACAUGGGCUCUGAUGGACAUGUGGCCUCACUGUUCCCUAACCGUCUCGCCCUCGAGCUGAAAGACGACUGGGUCACCUACAUCACUGACUCUCCACAGCCUCCACCUGAGAGGAUCACCUUCACUCUUCCGGUAAUAAACUCAGCAUCGAACAUAGCAAUAGUGGCCACCGGUGACGACAAAGCAAAGGCCAUGCAUUUAGCAGUUUGUGACAGCACUGAAGGUCCUGAUGCUCCCGGAUCGCUGCCCGCUAGAAUGGUUCAGCCAACGGACGGGAAGCUGGUGUGGUUUUUGGACAAGGCAGCUGCUGCAUCUCUCGAGGCCAAGAACGACGACAACUCCUAUGAGCAUCAUGAGUACUAACUCCGAAGAUCCAAGGUCCUUUUGCUGUGAAUGAAGGUGUGUAAGUAGGUUGUGGCGGGAUGUGAUGGAAGAUGUGAGCUUCCCCCUUUUAGCUCAAUAUAUACUUGUAGUCUUGGCAUUAAUUUUGUCUGAGGGUUUAGUUCUGGGAAAUUAAAACUGCCCUUGGUCCUUUUGCAACGAGAGGUGAUUUAGAGCGACGCAAUGUGUAUGCAAUGUCGAGUCGUCAAAGAUGAGAACACCAGAUUUGAACUGUGGUCGUAUGAUAUUGUGUGCUACAUUCUAUCUAAUUGAAGUUAGAUUCUUUA